AUGUGGGGGGACCGGUGGCUCUCUGCUAGUCAUGAAUGCCAUUGGGCUGGAAUCACUUGUGGAACAGCCAAAUCCGAGGAAAAGAGAAUCAGUGGGCUACUACUUUCUUCAAACCAGCUCAAUGGUCCACUUCCAUGGGAAAUUUCGCAAUUGGCACAACUGAAGCGAUUAGGACUGAGUUACAACAUGCUGACAGGGACACUUCCCCCAAGGUUGUUCUGGAGCGAUUAUUCCUUGAGUGUGGAACAUCUCAACUUGAUUGGAAACAGAUUGACUGGUACUAUCCCGGGAGAAUGGUUUGUGAAUCUGCACGAAGGAAAUGGAAGAAAUGUGUUGAUUGGGUCACUUCCAAUGGACCUAUUCUACCAAAGUUCAUUGGGGAUUCUUCGUGUGGAAGACAAUCAGAUCACGGGCACCAUACCCACUGAAAUUGGCCUUCUUGCAAACUUUAGCCAGAUUGAUGUUUCUGGCAAUAGCAUUUCCGGGUUCUUGCCCUCAGAGAUUGGCUUGGCAAAAGGGCUCACUGGUAUAAAUCUGCAUGCUACAAACAUGCAAGGAACGCUCCCCGAAGAACUCUACACUGAACUCAAUCAUCUACGACGGUUGUACUUGAAUGGGUGCAGCUUCUCUGGGACAAUCAGCUCAUCACUUGGUCUUUUGACAAAUCUUGCGGGGCUGAACCUGGCAAACAACCACUUCCAUGGCACCAUUCCAAAUGAAUUUGAGGCAUUGACCGGCCUGAGUCAACUUCUGGUGAAUGGGAAUAAGCUGUCUGGAACUGUUCCAGUAUCUGUCUGCCAACGCUUUGUGUAUUUUAGGGGAAAAGAAGUUUUAUUGGUGGCAGACUGUUUGCCCAAUACAGAAACUGGAGUUCCCCCCAUCAAUUGUGGAGAUGAUUGCUGUACCAGUUGUUGUGGUGAGACUGGGGUUUGCCUUGCCAACUGA